AUGGCGAACCAGGGCCCGUAUAAUUAUUCAUAUAUUUUUAAAUAUAUAAUUAUCGGUGAUAUGGGUGUUGGUAAAAGUUGUUUACUUCAUCAAUUUACAGAGAAAAAAUUCAUGGCCGAUUGUCCGCAUACGAUUGGUGUAGAAUUUGGCACACGUAUUAUUGAAGUUAAUGGACAAAAGAUCAAACUACAGAUAUGGGAUACUGCUGGACAAGAACGUUUUCGUGCAGUAACACGUUCUUAUUAUCGUGGAGCUGCUGGAGCUUUAAUGGUUUAUGACAUAACUCGUCGUUCCACUUACAAUCAUUUAAGCGGGUGGCUUACUGAUGCAAGAAGUCUUACAAAUCCAAAUACAGUUAUUUUUCUUAUCGGUAAUAAAGGUGAUUUAGAUGGUCAGCGUGAAGUAACCUUUGAUGAAGCUAAACGAUUUGCUGAAGAGAAUGAUUUAUUGUUUCUUGAAACAUCAGCUAAAACAGGAGAUCAUGUUGAAGAUGCAUUUAUUGACGCAGCAAGAAAAAUCUAUCAAAAUAUUCAAGAUGGUUCACUUGAUUUAGGUGAACCAACUGUAUCACAGAGACCAAUUGUACCAACUGGGUCAGAUGGAACUGGACAAGGGGGUGAUUCUAAAUGUCAAUGUUAA